GCAUGAAUUAGGCCAGGUGUUAAUAUCAGUCUUGUCCCAGAUUGUUCGCCAGAUAGAAGAAUCAUCCUCGCUGUUUCCUAUUUGCCAAUUUCUUCACCAAUCAUCAUCUUCUUCUUCUUUCUCUUAACGCAUCAGAGCCAAUCCAUGGCGGUUUCUCUCUCUAUUUACCUCGACGGUGUUAAUUCUGUUUUCUGACAAGUCAAAUCCCUAAUCUCCUCGAUUCUCAUGGCCAUCGUUACCGGAGAUCGAUAUCUAGAGAAUCUCCAGAAGUUCCUUGAAGAGAAAGCUGAUUUGCUUAUUGAUGGUACCGAUGUUCUCAAGCUUAAUCCCGCGGGCCUUCACUAUGUUCACCUCCGUCUCGAAUCUCUCCGUGAACUUGAGCUUAUGCUCUCCGGAGCUCCCGUUGACUAUCUCCGCGCCUACGUCUCCGACAUUGGCGAUUUCCGUGCCCUUGAGCAGCUCCGACGUAUCCUCCGUCUCCUUCCUUCUCUCAAGGUCGUUUCGUCGCUUCCUUCACCGGCUCGUGAUCCUACGCCGCUAUCUCUUCUUCCCUUUUCUAAGCUUAAGGUCUUGGAACUCCGUGGGUGUGAUUUGUCUACUUCUUCUGCCAAAGGCUUGCUCGAACUCAGACACACCUUGGAGAAGUUGAUCUGCCAUAAUUCCACUGAUGCGCUUCGCCAUGUGUUUGCUAGUAGAAUCGCCGAGAUAAAGGAUUCACCUCAAUGGAAUAAGUUGGCUUUCAUUUCUUGUGCUUGUAACCGUCUUGUGCUCAUGGAUGAGUCAUUGCAACUUCUUCCAGCUGUUGAGUCCCUUGAUCUGAGCCGAAACAAGUUUGCAAAGGUGGAUAAUCUUCGGAGAUGUACCAAGUUGAAACACCUUGAUCUGGGUUUCAAUCAACUUAGAAAAAUCUCUCACCUGAGCGAGGUAUCCUGUCACCUUGUUAAACUUGUUUUGAGGAAUAAUGCGCUAACUACAUUGCGUGGGAUUGAGAAUUUGAAGUCACUUGAAGGCCUUGAUGUUUCCUUCAAUCUUAUUUCCGACUUUUCAGAACUGGAGUUCCUUGGGAGUCUUUCAUUCUUGACAGACCUGUGGUUGGAAGGAAAUCCAAUUUGUUGUGCUCGAUGGUACAGAGCACAUGUCCUCAGCUACGUUUCUCUUCCAAAUGAUUUGAAGCUAGAUGGCAAACAUAUUGGGAAUAGAGAAUUUUGGAAGAGGCAGGUUGUUGUUACCCGUAGGAAAAGUCAGCCUGCCAGUUACGGGUUCUACUCUCCGGCUAGAGACGAAGCUGAUGACGAAGGAAGCUGUAAUAGAAAAAAGACGAAAAUCUACCGGCUCGCGUCUAUUGAUAGUGAGGAAGAGAGCACCUAUGUGAAUUCUGAUCAAGAGUCUGCUUCAUGUGAACCCGAGACUCAAAGCAAAGAAGAGAAUAUCAAGUCUGAUCAUGAAGCUGAUGUCUUUGGUCUAAUAAGUAAAGUUGAACAGUUGAAGAAAGAGCGUUCUGUUCUUUGGCUUCGGGAAUUUAAGGAGUGGAUAGAUCAUCCAUCAGAGGAUUUUGUGGAUGUCAGCAAAAAUGGGAGCAGUACUGAUUCAGAGCAAAAGUACUACACGAAGAAUAGAAAUGGCCCAAAGCAUCAUGGUGAAACAAUGAGAUAUGCACCAGGGCCUCUACCAGGUUUCCAAAUUACAGAUCUAAAUCAGAAGCAUCAAGCAUUUUUUCUUGAUGGGAAGCCAGAUGAAAAUGGAAACAUGUCAACUUUGGAUGCUACUCAGGAUAUGACAGGAUCAUUUUCACCCUCAUCACCCCCUCAUUAUCAAAAGGAUGUCUUACACCGGCGUCAGAACCUGGUGGAAGAAAUCUUACAGAUAUCAGCAGAUUCUUAUUCAGUGGCUUCGUCUGAUAGUAGCUGCAGUGAAAAUGAAAAUUAUGAUUCUGAGCAAUCAAAUCCUGAACAGGAUACGUUGAAGGAUCAUCUUAGUGGGAAUAGAGGAGAAGACACAAGCUUGCUUGACUCUCAACCAGAGAAGAGGAGCAUCAUAAAGUCUUGGAGGAUAGAUGAUUCGUUUAAAGCAAAGACCACUAAUUUUCUAUCUGGGCUACAUAAUAGUGAGCUUGCUUCUGGUGUUAACCAGAUUUACCGUUGGUUUGACAAAAGGAAAAGCAAGAGGAAGCCUAAAAAAAGAGAUGUUUCUCCACUGGAGGAGAAUAGUUGCAUAAAUAAUGGAGAACCAUCUCACAGAAGUGAUGCAGAUAUCAUUGAUUCUUGUGAAGAUGAAUAUAUUUCUGAUCAUUUUCAAGAAGGUUCCUUGAAUACGGGUUGUAAUAGUAAGAGAAGUACUAGAUUUUUGGAAACUGAAAAAUCCCUUGAAGGAAUGGAUGGUCUAGUGGAAGAAUUUUUUACAACGACACUGUCAGAUUCCAGCAUUGAUGAGACUUGUAGGAUUUACGUUAGUUGUGAUUGCAUAAUACAGCAAGAAUCCACCUACAAGCAACGGGAAGUAGUGUUGCUGCUGAGUAGCCAAGAAAAACUGUAUGUGCUGCUCGUGGGUGUCUCCAGUGAUUCACAAGAGAGCAAUUUAAGUUUAUUGUGUUCGCAUACAAUCGGUGAUAUACAAGACGUCUCAGUUGGUCUAGGACUUCAGGUUGUGAGGCUACGCUUUAGGGAGGAUGCAGAGUACAUUUUCAUAACGGCGAGCAUUGAAAAAACAACAGUUUUACUCAAUAUCAUAAAAUUAUUGGAUUCUCAGGUUACAGAAUCAAAAUGUUCUUUGAAGAGUUUGGAGAAUGUUCAAGUGGAAUUGUUUGAGAAAGAAAUAUGUAGUGGUUUGAAGCUGAGUAUAUUCCAGUAUAAUGUUCUCCAUUUUCAGAGCAGCACUCUUGGAGAAGUGUCAUGGCUUCCACGGUCACUCUUUGUGGCGGGUGGACGUCUUUUCAUAUGCAAUGAAGACUUCAGGCAGCUGAGUUUUCUGCCAACAGAUGCUUCUUCAUCCCCAUACUUCUCACUUGCCUCAAGCUGCUCCAUCUCCGACAUAUUUGAGAUGGUUGUUGAAUCACGAGGAAGCUCUUGCUUGUCACUGAAGAUCAAGCAGAAGGAUUCCACAUUUCAAAGCAGACAAAAGAGGACAGUGAAUUCAGUAACAUGGAAGCUCAAGUUACUCAGCAACGAGUGUGUACUCAAAUUUGUGGCUCUAGUCAAUGGACUUCACCCAGAUUCGACAGAAUGCCCUUUGCUCGUAAGGCAUUUGGGUGAGAAAUGAGUCGUAUAUGUUUAUAACUUGAUAUUUGUUCAUAACUUCAUAUUCAUUUGAUUCAAUUUGUUAAUGAGUUUUGAUUCAUCUUGUAUAAAGCCCUUGAGGGUCC